AAAAAAAAAAAUUUUCAGAAAAACCUGAGACCCUCGAAAAUUGAAAGUAAUCUCGGAAGAUGAAGAAGAAAAGAAGCAGAGAGGAAGGUGAUAAUGAGGAGGAGGCAAAUAAAGGUUUGUUGUGGAAGCUUCCGCAGUUGAGGUCCAAGCAACUGGGUAAGCUAGGCCCUGCCUUCGGCCUCGGCGCUGGCUGCGGUCUUGGUCUUGGCAUCGGUCUUCUUGGUGGUGCAGGGUUUGGUCCUGGAAUUCCUGGCUUGCAUGUUGGCAUUGGAAUUGGUGCUGGAUGUGGGGUUGGUUUAGGGUUUGGCUAUGGUGUGGGAAAGGGUAUUGCUUUGGAUGAGAAUCAGAGAUACUCUAAUGUGGGACAUCUCUCCCGUGGUCCUAUAAAUUUUCCAUCUCAGGAUGAGAUUGGUGCACUAGUUGAUGAGCUUAUUAUUAACACCAAGAAGGUUAUCCGCGCAACUUCGAGAGAGAUUGACAAGUGGAAAAGAUGAUGUAUAAUCAAAUCAAUUAAUCUAGUGUUCUCAGAGGUUGCCAAGAGUCUUGAAACUUAAUUAGCACCUUUUUAUGCACAAAUUGCUUGCAGGUUUAGGAAGGAAAGAGAAUUCGAGCUGCAGGUUAAGGAGCAUAUUGUAACUAUCUAAGAAAAAAAGUGUUCUCAGAGUUUGAAUCUUGUAAGGAAUUGAUUAAAAUUGUAUUCUAUACUCUAUAGUUGUUAAUAGCAAUGACCUUUGGGAAUAUUAAAAUGUUGCACUAGAAUCUUGAAUCCUAUAUAGGAUGGACUACAAUAAUUGAAGUUUGUCCUACAAACGGUAAUUUUCUACAGGACCAAUCC